AUGUAUCGUGUUAUCAAAGCUUAUACAGUGGAUCGAAGACAUGGGAAGAGGCCCUUUCCACUCGAUGAAUCGGAGGAAAAAAAGGAAGAACAGAUCUUCCCUAUCUACUCGGCUCGGUCGCAACAAGACAUGUCUGCUAUGGUCUCAGCUCUCUCUCAAGUUAUUGGAAACAAUAACAAUAAUCCAGCUUCUGUGCAUGGUGACCCAUUAAUCAUACCUCAAUCCGACACUGCAGAACAAAACCAAUCUCAAUCCGUUCAAGAACAAGUGAAACCGAGGGGAAGACACUAUAGAGGAGUGAGGCAGAGACCAUGGGGCAAGUGGGCUGCUGAAAUAAGAGAUCCAAAGAAGGCAGCAAGAGUCUGGCUCGGCACUUUUAACACCGCCGAGGCUGCGGCACUCGCAUAUGAUGAGGCAGCCCUUAGAUUCAAAGGAAACAAAGCAAAGCUCAACUUUCCCGAAAGAGUUCAAGGGAUAAACGAGUUAGGUUACCUGACAACUCGUCAUCAUCAAGACUUGAGCAUCGUCGUAGCCGAACAAGUACCUGACCCGGUUGUCCCUCCUCCUCGACCUCCACCGCAAGGAACUUAUCCCAAUCUUUUUAACUAUGCACAACUUCUUCAUGGAGGAGGCGGCGGCGAAUUAAGCUAUGGCUUCUCUAGUGUCUACCCUAGUAGAACAAAUGCUUUUCAAUCUUCAUCAUCGACAACUUCGUCAACAGAAUCUCAGCAGCAGCAACAACAAGAUUAUAUCAGAUAUCAAUCACAAUUUGGAAGCUCAUCUAGUGUUGAUCCUCCAAGGAAUUGGGAAGAAUCGGAUACGAGUACUCCAGAUUAGGGUAUGCACUAUGCAAGUUCACUUGAGGAGAGAGAGACCUUUAAAGAUGCACUUGUG